GGUCUGGUUAAGCUUUUGACACAUCAAUUACUAAACACUGACGUGUUAAAAAUCCUGAGUCGACAUAAACAAACUGGUACCGAAUAUAAAAUGCCUAUAGCAUAGAUGUUACACUUUCAAUAGUAUAGUCAUGUACCAAAUAUUUGCGAGAUGAAAUUCAUAUUACAUGUACAUGUAUGAUGAUGUACGUUAUAACGGGGACUUGAAAUUCUAAUUGUAAUAUACAUGUUCGACUAUGUACGGAUUAUUUUACUUUGACAUGAAGUCAAUGUAUGAAAACAUUGGUGGUAUAAGGAAGCAACGUUUGCUAUGGUAUGCUUUGUUUGGUGGAUUUAUAACAAAAGAUCACAGCAUAAUGGAAGAUAGAGACAUAGCGAAUAAUGAAGAAAGAGGCUCAGACUUUGAGGGUUUAAUAAGAACCGAAACAGUUCCUUCCCAAGAAAAUGGACUUUCUGAUGGAGAAAUAUCCCUAAGAAUGGCCCAAGUCCAAGUGUCUACUAUACGCGAAAUGCCAAAACAAACAGAACCCAACGAAUAUGUAGAAAACAGUAGCGAAGACAUUGGACCUCACCCAAGGCACCCCACUCUUUUCAAUGGAGUGCAACACUUUCCACCACCAUAUGACCAUGGCCACCACUCUCCACCGUUUAGAUCAUCACAUCAUCCACCACCAUUCAGACCAAGCCAUCGCCAUCGCCAUCGACCCUAUGAAUCGAUACAUCAUCAUCCACCACACCGACAUCCGCAUCAUCUUCAUCCGCGACAUCGUCAUCCGCCACCUCCACUUCCGGGACAUCGUCAUCCGCCACCUCCACAUCCGGGACAUCGUCAUCCGCCACCUCCACAUCCGGGACAUCCUCACCCGCCACCUCCACAUUCGGGACAUCGUCAUCCGCGACAUUGUCAUCCGCCACCUCCACAUCAUCUACAUCCCCAUCUGCAACAUUGUCAUCCGCAAGGUGGACCAGAUCUUGGCCCUAAUUCUUCCGGAGUGCCAGAUUGUUAAUGACUUUUUCAGCAGGGCCAUCGCCAUCAUCAUUUUGGCCUGACUGCAAUGACAUUUUUGGUCGUUUGGACCACGGCACCACGUUCAUUAACCUCCAUUUGGACACCACUGGAGGCAAAAUUAUUAUUUACAAACUGGGAACAUUUGACCACACCUUGAAAACAUGUGAAGGAACUAUCUGUUUGUACAUCUACAAUAAUUACUUAAUUAGUAAUUCAUAAAUAAUGAUACUAAUAACUACUUAUUUUACGUUUGGUAUAUAUGUAAUAAAAAAGGUAAUAUAAGAAAAAAAUAUGUGUAUGCAACGAGAGUGAACAAAAGCUUGGACUAUUAAACGAAAGGCAAAACAUAG